AUUCAAAAAUCAAAACUGAAGAGUAUCUAGAAGGUAGGGUUGAAACAUGCUUAGAUAUGGGCAGAGAUAAGCUUCCUGCACUGAAGAGACUUCUGACUCUGAAAGGCUUUGGCAGGAAAACAAAUGGGGAAGAAAAGGCAAAGUAACCAAUUUUGAGUUUUUUUGUGUGUAGUUUCAAUUCAGAGUAAGAACAUUCACAGUGAAAGUACAUCCUUUCAAAAUGUAGAAGCUUAGAGGGGAAAAGAGAGGGACAGAACUGCAUCUGAGUUUGGAAUGAACCUGAGUAGCUAAAAUGGUAGAGAUACUUCUUCAAGAAGCAGGGACACUUCUUGAGUGAUUUUAAUCCUCCUUAGUGAAAAAUUAGUGAUUGACUUCAGCUCCGACCUGAGAGAGCUGUGGUGGAGACAGCAGCUCAAAGCCACGCCCUGGGUCUAACGCCCCAGCUUCUCCUGUGGUGCCAACAUGGGGCGAUUGCCUUGACCGAAAGGGGGUGAGGCAAAGAGGCCGUGAUAAACAGGAAGUCCUUAACCAAGACACACACCGGGAAAGGAGCAUCAGAGCAAGCAGAACUCUCACAUCUCAAGAUAAAGAAGACACUGCUGAUAGAAUCUGAGAGGAAGGAAACAUUGCAUCGAGCCAGGCUCUGCAUGUAACAAGAUAAAAAUUGUCUUUCUAUAGAUCGGCCUCCCAAACAGGUUCCAAAGAUGGAUUAUCUUACUUUCUUCUUGGUUAUUCUUUAUGUGUACAAAGCUCUAUGUGAAGAAGUAUUUUGGGACACAACUGUUAAACUUGCUGAGAAUAUGACCCUAGAAUGUGUGUAUCCAUCAAUGAACACUUUAACCCAAAUGGAGUGGUUCAAGAUCAAUAUGAUGGAGAGAGAGUCCAUAGCCAUUUUCAACCCUACUUACGGUGUGAUUGUGAGAAAGCCCUAUGCUGACAGGGUUUACUUUUCAAAUUUAACCAAUGCCUCUAAUGAUAUGAGCCUAUCCUUUCAUAAUGCCUCUGAGGCAGAUAUUGGCUUCUAUUCCUGCUCUCUUCAUACUUUCCCACACGGACCCUGGAAAAAGAUGAUACAGGUGGUUCCAUCAGACACUUUUGAGGUAGCUGUGCCAUCAACUAGCCAGACAGUCUCAGAACUUGGAAAAAAUGUCACGCUCACCUGUCAGCCUCAAAUGAAGUGGCAGUUACAACAAGUUAUGUGGGAAAAGAUCCAGCCUCAUCAGAUCGACCUCCUAACUAGCUGCAACUUGUCCCAGGGAAGUAGUUACACUUCAAAGUACCCAAGACAGAUACUGAGCAACUGCCACCAGGGAAUGAGAAGAACCUUCAUCACCAUGCCCCACGCAACCGCCUCUGACUCAGGGCUCUACCGCUGUUGUUUCAAAGCCAGCACAGGCGAAAUUGAAACUUUCGUGAUGAGACUGACUGUAACUGAAGGUAAAAUCAAUAACCAUUAUAUCCUCUUCAUGGUUGGAGGAGCAGCUUUGUUGUUGCUGUUGGUUCUCCUAAUUACCAUUGUCACUGUCAUUUCUUAUAAGAGAAGGAGAAGGAGACAGAAAAGAGGCCUAUUUAAAGAGUACUGGGACACACCAUAUAAGUCAGCCAACAACCUCAGAAGUCCAGUCCCAACCAAUCAACCAUCAGAUGACACAGGGGAGGAUGUUUAUGUCAACUACCCAACCUUCUCUCGAAGACCAAAGACUAGAAUCUAAGCUUUUUCUUUCAUCUGAGAAAAUUAAUGAUAGCCUCAUGUACAUGGAUCUUUGUACAACUUCUUCCCACUACUUAGCGUUUACCUUGGAUACCGCUUGACCGAAUAUAUUUCAUUUGAAAGGAAAAAUACUGCAUUACCUAGAGAGCAUUCUUAACAGAAAAGCUUUAGAAAAUCUGACUCUGAUGAACUUACACAUAAAAGGAAACCUAUUGAAUCAUGUAAUGGAACAAUCCAGGGGAGGUCAAGCUUCAGGCAAAGGUUAUUUACCAGGGCUUAAAUAUUACAUCUAGAAUUAAUAUGAAUUUAAGACAUUUCCUGGAUCCCCUUUCACAGUAUUGGAUCCACUUCCUUGGUAUUAGCCUAACUCUCAUUCAGGCUUUUCCUUCCAAGAGGACGGCCAACAGCUUUUGGCAGUUCCUAAUCCUUGUUUCUGUCUGGUAGAGAGUUUGCUCCGAUAGAACAAACACAUCUGGUUAUCUAUCCAAUAUUAAGCAGUUAUUCUGGCCAGAAAGAAUGAAAUGGCUUAAGUCAAUUGAGCUUUCAUCUCUAGAGCCAGGUAGGAGCGGGGCCAAAGCACAUUACUGGGACAUUCAGAGUAUUAUUAGAGGAAGGAAAGGGAGCCUGAAAACUGGGUUGGUUGCCAACAAAUGUGGACUGCAGUGAUCUUCCACGGCAUCUCUGUUAGCCAACUAAAAAGAAUAAGAGGGCAGACCUAGGCUGGCUCUCCCUGUUCUCAUUUCCAGAAAGCUGCUCAGUUAGCUUAGUCCAGGCAAAUACUUAGUCCAGGCAGCAGAAUGACUGAGUGAUCAAGAGGAAAAUGAAUGUGACAGGGAAAUCUCUACCUUUUUCUACUCUCAAAUAAAUUCAUUCCUGAUUCCAUAUCAAAAUUCACUAUCUCUGGUCUAGCCUUAUGAGCAAGAGUAGUAGAUGGUCCAAUAAUAAUUUUUUAUACAGUUUUUUCUGCUUUUGAGAAUUAUUUUUAAUACAUAAAUUCUCUCAAAGAAUCGGGCACUUAGAUAUCAUUAGUUUUUAACAAAAUGAUUAUGUGAAAUGAAAUAUAAUAAAAAGACUGAUAUUUGGAAAUGGUGUAUAGGGUGGUAAAGUAGAAAAGUGGGGGUGCAGGGGGGAGACAUUGGGAGGUUAUGGGACAGAGGGAAGAGGAUUAAAGAAAAGGAAUGUACAAAGAAACUUCUCUUAUUUCCAAGUUUGGACAAAGACACAGUUUGGCCUAAUGAUAUAACUGAGCAGUUAGAAACUAUACCUGUCACUGUCCAAAUUCUAGAUGGAAGCAAACCAUGAAAAGUGUUUGUUGAACUCAGUAAUGAUGGUCAUGGUCACCUUGAAAUCACAAUGGCUUGGUAAUGAGCAAAUACAGUGAACAUUCAUGUCUUAAAUGAUCUUCAUUUCUCAAAGAUUCAUCACAAAAGCUGCAUUUAGGUUUCAAAGUUGGAGACUUUCAAAAUAAUCCUGAGUGAACCCAAACCAAGUUCUCAUAUUGUCUGAAAAGAUUCUAAAGCUGUAAAUUAGAGUUUUAGCGAGUCGUGGAUAUUUUUUAUGACUUUUAUCUUUAAAUCUUAUGCAUGCCAAAUAGUGCAGUUAUUCUGUAAAUUAUAGAAAUUGUGAGUACUCCUACCUGUUUCAGAAGGAGAAAAAUAAAAAUGACCACUUACCAAGUUGUACUUAUGUACAUACAAA